AUGCAGAUCUGGAAAGAACUAUUUUCUACUCAACUUUUGGAUAUUCUAUCUGUUAAACAAUGUCCAAUACUUAUUGGUGUUAUGCGACGAUCGGCAGGAGAAAAGGGUUGGUCAUUAAUAUUUGAAUAUGAAUUUAAAUUAUUGUUCAAAGAUGAUAUAUUAAUACGAAUUCAAGAAAACUCAACUCGUGAAAUAUUCUUACGAGAAUUAAUCAUCUUUAAGGAAGUAUGUGAUGAUAACGAGGAACUUUUAAAAUUGAAAGAAAAAAAUUAA